AAAGCUUUAGAAAAUUAUAGCUGUCACUGUGACCCAAUAAAGAAAGACCACCGUUCUUUUAUUUCCCAAAAAGCGAAUUCAUAAAUUCAUACAUUUUCAUCACAUGAAACCAUUCAAGAAGCUGACAUCCGUCGUCGGUCGUCUUGUAACUUUUUGGCUUUCUGAUACAGACGACUAAAGGUCAUCAAUUUUUGAGUUCGAUUGAUAUCUGGUUGGAUCAUCGUAUCAUUAUUACCGGCGCAAGAUGAAGUUGUCGCCGUGGCUGGGUGGGGGAACAAGGAGGUUUCACGUGAAGGUGAGCCAAUUGAAGCUGCAAGGGUUUAAUUUUGAGAAGGAGAAAGAUAGAGUUGGUGUGAUUGAGGUGAAAUGGAAAGGGUAUAAGCCUGGAGGGCCUGGAGUUUUGGUUCCAUUCUACGGAAGAAGUUCGUCGAGGCAUCUGAGAAACUACACCAGCCAUAGAUUUUUGAGUCGUCAAGUCAUUGAAUGGGAUGACGAAUUUCAGAACCUCUGUAAUUUUGGGUUGAAGCAUGGUGGUAACUUUAGUCCUUGGGAUUUGACUUUUACCCUGUUACACGGAGAGAGUACAGAACAGAAGAGUAAUAUGGCGGUUUUCGGGACGGUUUCGUUGAAUCUGGCAGAAUUGGCAUCGACAAUGGAGUCUCAGAUUCGGAGGAAGCUCUCUGUUACUUUGAAAAUGGAGGGGACGACCGCCUGCGAAGCUACCCUUUUGGUUUGUCUAAGCUUUGCUGAGGUCAGAAACUCGCAUGGCUCGGUAGGACUCGGUCAAGACUUGGCCGAGUCAGACAAGGGGAAGUUGACUCGAAGGGUAAGCUACUUCAGGAGCUUUAGAAAGUCAAGCAAUGAGAGGAAGAGUCGUGGGGACCGAGUCACGAGUGACUGGCACGAGUCAUUCUUGCCUGACUCAGAAGGGUCCCCGGGGAACGGACUCAUAUCCAGUGAUGUCAAUGCAGACUUGAAUUCAAGGGGUGAGUCGGGAUCGUUCCCGAGUCACGAGACUCAGUUUGACUCGAGGGAGAAGAGCUGGUUCUUGAGGAAGAGGAAGUGGUUGAAUGGUAGACCGCCUAGGAGAAAAGUGGAGCCCUUUGUCGAGAAGACCAGUAGGGCUGUUGACAAUAUUCUCACCGAUUCUGUAAAGGAAUCAAAUAGUACUGCUGAAUAUUCUUCACAAUCAGAUCAUGUACUUGGAAAUUGCACCACAAGUAGAUGGGAAGAAAAGGAAGUAGAAAGCAGAGAUGGGCAAGCAAAGCUCACGACCAAUGUGUUCUUUGCCUCCUUUGAUCAACGGAGUGAAAAGGCCGCCGGAGAGAGUGCCUGCACAGCGCUAGUUGCGGUUAUUGCGCACUGGCUGCAUUUGCAUCAACACUUGAUGCCUACAAGAUCCAAAUUCGACAGCCUCAUCACACAAGGUUCCUCAGAGUGGCAAAAACUCUGCAGCAACGAGACCUACAUAAACUUAUUUCCCAACAAACACUUCGACCUUGAAACAGUUUUGGAAGCUGAUCUUAGACCUCUCGAUGUCUCGCCUGAGAAAUCCUUUAUCGGAUUCUUCAGCCCCGAGAAGUUCGAGAGCUUGAAGGGACUCAUGUCGUUUGAUGACAUAUGGAAUGAAAUAAAUAAAAACACAAAGUCUUACGAACCGAGGAUAUACAUAGUAAGUUGGAACGACCACUUUUUCGUUCUGAAGAUUGAAGCCGAUGCAUACUAUAUCAUUGACUCUUUGGGUGAGAGGCUCUUUGAGGGGUGUAACCAGGCAUACAUACUAAAAUUCGACGAUUCGAGCAUCAUGCAUGGGAAAACAAAGAAAGUAGAGGAUGAUUCAGAGGAAAGAUUAGAAGUAAUAUGCAGUGGAAAAGAGUGCUGUAGACAGUUCAUUAAAAGAUUUCUUGCGGCAAUACCACUUAAGGAGCUUGAGGAGGAAGAGAAAAAGAGUGCAGCUUCUAUUUUACCUCUACACCGGCAUUUGCAGAUCGAGUUCCACUACACCUCCUCCUCCUCCUCGUCAUCUUCAUCAUCGUCAUCAUCGUUGUCCACCUCCGCCUCCUCUUUGUCGACAUCUUCGACUUCUUCCACUUACUCUCUUCUCAGGUGAAGAGUGACUAGAAAUCAAGUAGCUGAAUUGUACAGAAGGGUUUGAUUCCUUCACAUUUUCUGACAUAUUGAAACUAGGUAGAA